AUGGCCAUUACUAAGAUUAAGGAAAUGACAACAACUAUGCUUCAAGAGCCAUCCAGUGAACCUGACUUCAUGUUCAGAUACCAGGCCGAGGUUAUCAUCAAAAUCUUGAGCGAAUAUGCGGGAGCUGCGACUAAUAUCAUGACAGAGGUGGCCGGAUCAUCAUAUGCUCGACCACCUCUCAAAGUUGGCUGUGUCUCGUUUAGGAAGCUGCGAUCAGUUGAUAGGGAUGCAUUUAUGGAUGAGAUUCGUAAUAGCAAACUUUUCCGAAUGGAUACUGAUGAUCCUGAUGAGUUUGCUGCCUUAUUUGACAAUAUAUUGGGUUUCCUGCUGAAUCGUCAUGCUCCCGUUAAGCAUAAGAAUACUACUAAUCGAUCAUGUGUUCCAUGGAUGAACGACGAAAUUAAAUUGGCUAAACGACAAAGGAGGAAAGCUGAAAGGAAAUGGAGAGCUUCUAAAGCUCACAUCGAUUUACUGUCUUACCGGACUAUGAGAAAUCGUGUGACAUUUCUGAGUAACAAGGCUCGUAGCGACUAUUAUACCGCCUUCAUGACUGAGAACAGCACAGAUCAGAGAAGGUUAUUUAGAGCAAGAAAUUCCUUGCUAAAUUUAUCGAAAGGUUCUGGCCUUCCAUUAUUUACCAAUGAUUAUCAGUUGGCUAAUGAUUUUGGAAAAUUCUUCGCCCAAAAAAUUGCUGAUAUCAGGUCUGAUAUCAGGUCGCUAUUUGAGACUGUGGUUGCCAAGCAACUACAACAUGAUUUAAAUUGUAACAAUCUGUUCCCAGUGUUCCAAUCAGCUUAUCGACAAAACCAUAGCACAGAAACUGCACUGCUUAAGGUUAUGAAUGACACUCUCUUGAACAUGAACGAUCAGUGUGAUACUUUGCUAAUUCUGCUCGACUUGAGUGCUGCCUUUGAUUCAGUUAAUCAUGACACCAUGCCACGUCGACUUGAAUACUCAUUUGAAAACCAGACGGAGCUACAAGCAAUGAGAGCUCGUUUAUCCAACUUACAGGAACAGCUCAGGGAGAAAGAUGACAAACAGGAGGAGAAUUUAUACCAAAAACUGGGAGCAGUGGAAGAGCAGAUUUCACAAUCUCAAGCACAACUCAGGGAGAAAGAGUUGGAAAAGGCCAAAUUGUUAAAGGAAAGAGAUCGCCUAAAUGGAAACCUGCGUGCGAUGCAUCAGCAGCUGACAAACUCGCGAUUUUCAGAGUUGCUGAAGACCAAAAUGCAAGAGCAACUCGAGAGAAAAGAGCAACAAUUAGUUGAAUCGGAGUUGCGAUUAAGGGAACUGAAUCAGCAGCUGAGAGAUCUUCAAGUUCAGAUCAGAGAGAAAGACAGAGCAAUUGUUGCUUUGCGAGAACGAUUUGGCGAGCUAGAAGAACAGCUGGCAACAAAAGAGCAAGAAAAGAAUGAACUGGAGAGAAGCCUUUCAACAGCUCAGCAGAUAUUGCGUGAUAAUCAGCCUCAAAGAUCACCAGACUGGGUUAUUCCUCGUACUCAAAUUCAGCUGACGACCAAAUCCCUCGGAAAAGGUGCCUGGGGAGAGGUUGUCCAAGGAAGGUUCUGUGGUUGUGUCGUUGCUGUAAAGACGAUACAUAAUUUGAUUCUAUCCGAUUACAACCGCAGGUUGUUUGAACGAGAAAUGGACAUUGCCUCGAGAUGUUUAUUGCAAUUCAUCGGAGCAACAAACGACGACCGCACGCCUUUGUUGCUUACAGAGGUCAUGGAAACAAGCUUGCGAGCAGUGUUAGAGGAACGAUCUCUUUCUCAGACAGAAAUCUCCGUUAUUGCUCUGGAUGUGGCUCGAGGACUAAACUACCUCCACCAAAAACACCCCAUCCCUAUUCUGCACCGUGACAUCAGCAGUGCAAAUGUGUUGCUCUGGAGACAAGGUACUCAAUGGCGAGCUAAAGUGUCAGAUUAUGGCACUGCUAAUUUCAAGAAACAGACCAUGACAGUUGCACCUAGGGCUCCAAUCUACAGUGCACCUGAAGCACACGCUACAAAUCAAACAGUCCAGGUUGAUGUUUACAGUUUCGGUGUACUUCUUUGCGAGAUGUCCAUCCGUGAAUUACCAUAUCCUGAAAGACGUGAACAACAAGUAACAAUGGUGACAAACAGCGUGCUUCGAGCUCUUAUCCGAGGAUGUUUGGAAACAGACCCUCAGGCUAGACCAACGAUGGAAGAAAUAGUUGAUGAAAUAGAACCGGAAGCGCAAGACACCGUUUGA